AUGGGGAACCCUGGCCUUCCUAAUCAUGAAAAUCUUUACGGGAGUCAUCCAGUGUACCUUGAAAUGAGAAAUGGUCAAGCACACGGAGUUUUGCUAUGGAAUAGCAAUGGUAUGGAUAUAAAGAUCGAUCAGGACUCGGAUGGCCAGUAUUUGGAGUAUAAUAACGAUGGUGGCGUUCUUGGUUUCUAUUUCGUAUCUGGACCUCAACCUGCAGAUGUCUCCCGCCAGUACGCUGAAAUCAUUGGAAAGAGCAGUCUUACUGGACGUAUGGCUUUCAUCAAUGCAGGUACGGGAGAUGUCUAUAGAGUGGCUGAGGUAAUUUAUAAUUACUCGGCGGCCAGAAUUCCGCUUGAAACUAUGUGGACUGAUAUCGAUUAUAUGAAUUUACGACGAACAUGGAACUUGGACCCAGAUCGAUUUCCAUUGGAGAAGAUGCAAGAGCUUGUUACGUAUCUUCAUGAUCACCAGCAACAGUACAUUCUCAUGGUUGACCCUCCAGUUUCGUUGAAUGACAGUACAUCCUGGCAAAACGCUAUAGACUCUGACGUGCUCAUGAAAAACUCCUCCGGGGAAGUCUAUGUUGGAGGCAUGUGGCUAGGCCCUGUUGGUUACGUUGACUGGUUCCAUCCAAACUCUCAAUCAUUCUGGAGCGGCCAAAUCACCACCUUCUUUGAUGAUGAGUCUGGUGUUGGCGUUGAUGGCAUUUGGAUCGAUAUGAAUGAGGUACAUCUUCCCCUCGCACUGUUUCUGCAGCAUGCUUACUCUGCCACUUCAGCCGGCCAACUUCUGUGCUCCUUGCUCCAAUCCCUACACGGAGAGUGCUCCGGACUCCCCAGCACUUCGCACGUCAUGGGAACCUCUACCCGGAUUCCCAGCCGAUUUAUUGCCCCAGACAACUCUGGUCAAGCGACUGGCUCUCUUUAUCUGGAUGAUGACAAGAGCUUGAAUUCGACUAGCAGUGACAUCGCUUUUAGCUAUGACAACGGCCAUUUAGUUGUGAAUGGCACAUUUGGUUAUAGCACCAAUCUCCAAGUCAUUUCUGCCAAGGUUUUGGGGAAUGAUACUGGUGUGGCAUUCAAUUUCACGAAACCACCGAACGCCCCUUGGACUGUCGAUAUCAAUUGAUACAAUUGAUCAGCGCUG